AACAUCUCUGAGACAUCUAGGUCCUAUUCAACAGAUGUGAGUUUUCAUCACCAUUUGCUCACUUGGAAGCAUCACUUCAGUUUGCCUCUCUUCCAUAAGCCUUCACGGCUGGCUGCUCUGGUAACUGAUGCCUUCAGAAUGGGGGCCCACGCAGAAUCGGCUCAGCAUCCUUGCCCGGCCAAAAGUCAACCACCAAGUUCUACUCUCCAGACCUUCUGUAUACUGGGUAGAUAAAAUACCCAAAGAGCAGCCAAGAUACACAAUUCCAGUUAUGACUUCCAGGCAGGAAGAGUUGUCUGAAUUCAAGAUGGUCCAUCCAGGCUACCAAUAUAACAGAUUUUUUGCUGAGACGCCAGUAACACCCACAGCUCUGAAUGUGGUGGCAUCGCCCAGAUUAGCGAAUUUGUCACAGCCACGGCCCGUAACGGAUAUCUCGGAGUUAAAUAAUCUUAACUGGUUUAUGGUGAGAAAAGGAGCCUUAACUGCAGUUCCCACACCACGGAUAAUUGCUCUAGCCAAACCAAAGUGCAUUCCCACAACUUCAGAGAAGUCACAUAAAAGACGCCGUUCUCUUCCUACAGCAGAAAAAUUAACACAACUCUCCAGACCCCGGAUCUAUAUUUUUGAAGAGCACGACCCAUACAAAGUUUCCAAGGCUGCUCUCAAUUACAAUCCUUCUCCUCGCAUUAUUGAAAUUAGUCGUCCAGCAAGAGUACGAGGAAAAAUAAUUUGAAUUAUGUAGAUGUUGGUUUUCCUCGCUUCUGUAUUAUUUGGGAAACCAAUUAAAGGAUUUUGCAACUGUAAACCACAUAUCAUAUACAGCAUCAGUGAAUCUCUGGUUAGUCCUCUGCUACUUCUGCCUGAUGACCUUAACUCAAAUAGAUUCUGCUCAGCUUGAUUUCCAGCACAAUUCCAUCUCCCGGAAACAUUGCUGGUUCUUUGGAAUCAAGUAACAUCAUAGAUCACAAAAAUCCUUGCUUAAGCCAAUCAGAUUCUGGCUGAGAUACAUGUUUCAAUACCUUAUCUUGAAAUGUAGAAUAUGCACAAAUUAUGUUUUUUUCCACUUGUUAAGAACAUAACAAAUCCUCCAACUAUUAUAUAUGGGCAAUUUAUUUUUACAACUAAAGUAAGAUAAGCAAGCAAGAAAAAACAUAUUAGGCCUAGACUCUAUUACAAAAGCAUUAAAAUCCAAAUCUUUCAUACUGCACUAAAACAAACAGAACCUACACCCCCAGAAUUUAAAAUUGUAUUCUUUCUUGUCCUACACUUGAACAAAGCAAACACAUUUGUGUUUUGUUACAUCAGAUAUGUUUUUAAAUAUUUGAAAUUUCCAUUAACACUAUUUCCUUUCUUUUACUAAACAUAUUAGUGCUUUUAGGAAUAGUGCCUCUCAUGAUGUCCUUUUUAUCUAAUAGCUGAUUAAUAUAUACAUCAUAUAAACUUAACAGUUCUGUGUAUUCUGUUUCAAAAUGCCAUAUUUACAAUGAUACGUUGGUUUACGUUUAUGUUUAGAAUCAAAUUUGAAAUUUUCCAACAGCUCAGGUAAUACUGGUAAGAAAUAAGAACAUUGUUUCUAUUAACUUUAAACAGUAGACAGUUAAAUACAUGUGAGCAACUUACAAGUGCCAUUCCUUCAUUCCUGAAUAACAUUAAUUCUUAGUUUAGGUUCAAAUGUGCAACUUUUGAAGGCUACCCUAGGCUUGAUGCAACUUAUCUAGAACUGUUCUCUCCAAAGUGAACUGCACAACGAUCAAUUUGGAAGAAGUGCAGAGAAGGAUUUAAAGGAUGGAAAGAAUGCUUUUAGUAUCUAUAAAGCUUAGAAAACCAGUUUUGCUCCUUAACUUUCCCAAAUUCAUAAAAUACAAAAAAAUAUGAGUCGAAAUGUUUGGUUCCAUCCACUUUGACAGUUCUACAAAUUGUGUAAGAGAGCCUGGGGACCACAUAUGGACAGUUUGGGGAAAAGGACAUAUAUCAGAAAGUAUGCUUCGGGCAGGCAUGAUCUUAUGCAGUCAAUGUAGUCAACACAGCAAACUUUAAACCAAAGAUAAGCAGAAGAUGGAUGAUUUCAGGUAGAUCAAACAGCGUUUUUAAUGUUAUUUAUUUAUGCAUUCAUUCAUUCAAUUUAUAGUGCUGCCCAUCUCAGCAUGUGACUUGUUAAUAAUUAAUUUCAACUAAUAUAAUAAAAAUUACCAAAAUAGUCUUUUA